CGCGGCCACUAGGGAGCCCCCUCGGGCAAGGAGCACCUGGGUGCCCGAACCGCUGCAGAGGGUGGUCGGGUUUGGCUGAGACUGGGAGGGAAGAUCAGAAAUUAGGUUCCCCGGGGCGGCAGGGAACAGAGUCAGGCUAAGAAAGACCCUGGAAGAGAAGAGACAGUCCGCUAGCGCUCGGGGGCAGCGGUGGCGACGGGGCUGCGCACCCACCCGCAAUCUGGGGGCUUUUCUCCUCCCGAUCUUGGCAUCUUUCAUUCCUUUCCGAUUCAUUCUCGGCCUGCCCCUCUAUACCUAGUCUCUCCGGCAAUCGUGGGUCUCUUUAGCUCCCUAGCUCUCUCCCUGUUUCCCGGGCCCGCGUGGAGGGGUGGGUUUGAGGGCCAGGGGCGGGUCUGGGGGCGGACCUGGAGGCGGGGCUGUCUCUGCGGCAGGCCCGGGCUCCGCUCCCCCCUGAUCUCUCUGUCUCUCUCUCCCUUCCUCCCUCCUCCUCCUCCUCCUCCUGCUCCGGGCUCCGCCCGGCAUGGGGGGGCCGGCGCCUGGCAGGCCAGUUGAUCCAGGACCCAGGGAGGGGGACCCCCCAGGCCUGGUGGUGCUGAGCAGAGCCCCCCAUCUCCUCCUUCUUGCCCUACGACAUGAACCUGCUCUACCGAAAAACCAAGCUGGAGUGGAGACAGCACAAGGAGGAGGAGGCCAAAAGGAGUGCAAGUAAGGAAGUGGGGCCUACAGGUCCUUCAGGGCCAGGGCCUGGGGUUCGUGCUCGAGACGUUUCUUCGCUUCGACGCUCUCUCAGGAUGGGCUUCAUGACCAUGCCUGCUUCCCAGGAGCAUGCCCCUCACCCCUGCCGUAGUGCCAUGGCUCCCCGCUCCCUCUCCUGCCAUUCAGUGGGAAGCAUGGAGAGUAGUGGGGGCACUGGUGGCGGGGGUGGGGGUGGUGGAGUUGGGGGAGAUGUUGGAGCCCGGAGGCCACCCGUGAAGCCCCGGAGACACCCCAGCACUAAACUCAGCAUGGCUGCAAGUGGGGCCGAGGCACCUCCCAGCAAGAAAACAGGUUCUCAGAAACCAGCUCCUGAAGGCCGUGAGUCCAGCCGGAAAAUCCCUCCCCAGAAGCCAAAGCGAAGUCCCAACACCCAGCUCUCCGUCUCCUUUGAUGAGUCCUGCUCAAUGGCUCCCACUUCUCGGCUUGGGGUCCUGCCCCUGCAUCGAUACAGCCGGGGGGGCAGGGUGCUAGGUGAUCACGAUUUGAGCUCCCAAGAUGAAGAACCUGUAUACAUCGAAAUGGUGGGAGAUGUCUUCCAGGGUGGUGGAGGAAGUGGUGGAAGAAGUAGCGGGGGCCCAGCAGGUGCCUCUGUUGGAGGAGGGGGCACGGGCCUCCCAGCUGGCCCAGACUCUGACUCUGAGGAGAGUGAGGCCAUAUAUGAAGAAAUGAAAUACCCACUCCCUGAAGAGAUAGCAGAGGGCCGGACCAAUGGAGUACCCCCACCAGCUUCCAUCUCUCCAAUGCAUCACCCUCAUUCUCAUCACUCCCACCGUCGUCCAGCUUCUGCCCUCCAGAGCAGACAGAAUGGGACUCUUACUAAGACUUCCCCUUGUGAAAUCCCACCACCUUUCCCCAACCUUCUCCAACACCGUCCCCCACUUCUUGCCUUCCCCCAAGCCAAGCCUGCUACCCGGACCCCUGGGGAUGGGGUCUCUAGGUUGCCAGUCCUCUGUCACACCAAGGAACCGGCUAUCCCUGUCCCAGCUCUUCAAGUGCCUGGACGGGAUCAAGAGACACCUCCACCUCCUCCUCCUGCUGCCAAUUUGCUGCUACUGGGGCCCUCUGGUCGGGCCAGGAGCCAUUCAACACCACUGCCCCCUCAGGGCUCUGGACAGCCCCGGGGGGAGAAGGAGAGAGAGAUCCCCAAUUCCCAUAGUAUGAUCUGUACCAAGGCAGCAGGAGCAUCGACAUCUUCCCCCACCCCCACCAUGUUACUCCCAGGACCCCCCAAGGACAAAGCUGUGUCAUAUACCAUGGUAUACUCAGCGGUCAAAGUGACCACACACUCUGUCCUACCAACUGGCCCACCUCUUGGGGGCGGGGAGCCGAAGACAGAGAAGGAAAUCUCAGUCCUUCAUGGGAUGCUCUGUACUAGUUCUAGGCCGGUGCCUCCUGGGAAAGCCACCCCUCCCAGUGGGCCUGGAGUGCUUCACCACAGGAGCUGCCUAGCUUCUCCCCACAGCCUUCCCGACCCUACGACUAGCCCCCUUUGCCCCCUCUGGACUUAUCCAGCCACAGCUGGGCUCAAGAGACCCCCAGCCUAUGAGAGCCUGAAGGCAGGGGGUUUGCUCUCUAAGGGCUGCGGGGUUGGGGCUCCUGCUCCCAUGGUCAAGAUCCAACUGCAGGACCAGGGUACCAGUGGGGAUGCAUUUGCUAGCAUAUCCUGUGCCCAUGUCAUUGCCAGUUCAGGGACACCAGAGGAGGAAGAGCAGGAGGAGGAGGAGGUGGGAACAACGUCAUUUGGGGCGGGCUGGGCCCUGCAGAGAAAAGUCCUGUACAGAGGGAGGAAAGCAAAGGAACUGGAGACAGAGGCUGUGGAAGGUGUCCGGGCCUGGAAUGGUAGUACAGAAGGUCCAGGCAAGGCAGAGAGGGAGGAGAAGGGAGUCCUCCCAUCCGGUAUCCCUGUGCGAAGCCAGGGGGCAGAGGGCCUGCUGGCCAGGGCCCAUCAUAGUGGGGACCAAGCUGGAGGAGGAGGAGGCCGAACAGGACUAAACAUGCCCUGCCAAACCUUCCCUGCCUGCCACCGGAAUGGAGACUUCACUGGAGGCUACCGCCUAGGACGCUCAGCCUCUACCUCUGGAGUUCGCCAUGCUGCUGUCCAUACCCCGAGACCCUGCAGCCAGCCCAGGGAAACCCUCAGCCAGACCCAUCCUGCCCUGCUGCUGCCUCUUCCCCCACAGCCAGCCCCAGAGAGGGAUGGCAAAUUGUUGGAGGUAAUCGAGAGAAAACGCUGCGUCUGCAAGGAGAUUAAGGCAAGGCACCGGCCGGACCGGGGGCUCUGCAAGCAGGAGAGCAUGCCCAUCCUCCCCAGUUGGAGACGGGGGCCAGAACCCCGAAAAACCGGCACCCCUCCAUGCCGUCGACAGCAAACGGUCUUAUGGGAUACCGCUAUCUGAAAGGGAAAGGAGCUGGGGGGGCAGAUCCAGAGGAGGACCAAAGGGUAAACCAAUGCCCAGCCUCCCCCUGGGAUACCACCAUCUAAAGGAGGCCAGAUGCAGUCUCCUUCUAGGAUCCUGCCUUGGGAGGGAGAAGCUUGGUCUCUCCUGAGAGAGUCAGUAAGAACUGAAAGACAGUCAGUAAGAACAAUUUAACCUAACCCUCAACCACCAAGACCCAGGAGGCUAGGUGGAAUGGUAGGGGGUUGGGGAGUGGGCAACUCCUUCCAACAAUGCCUACCUUCUGCCCCUUUGCUGGACUUUGGGGAAGAAAGGCAAUACCGGGCUGGAAGUUGGGGCCUUUGGCUGUUCCUCUCUUGUCAGAGCUAUGGAUUCCUUGCCCAACAAGGUCAGAGGUUAGAUGGUAAAACUGGGAGGGAGGGAAAGGGCUGGUAAUAAAAGAGGGAGGUGGGGUAUAGGAAUUCCAGAGGGGAAGAAAAAGGAGCUACAUUUUAAGAAGUGGGAAAGGGGGGGGGGGUAUUUAUUUUAUUUAUUUAUUUUUUAAUCUAGAGGGGGAAAUCUACACUCUUCCUAUCCUCUACUGACAAGGGGAUAGGGAACUGAGGUUAGUACUAAGGGAAUCAAAGAUGCUUUCUUUCUCCCAAGUCCCUAAAUAUCUCACCACUCAAAUCUUUUCCAUAGUUAUGAGUAUUUCUGGCUUGAGGGUAGAGCCAGGAGUAGGGGGUGGGGAUCCAGGCUAGGAAAAUGUGAAAUUUGGUAGUAAAAGUGGCCUGCUCUGAAAUCUUACCCAGCUCCAAGGUUAGGGGCUGGGACCAGGGAGGGAAGAAUGGUGGGGGUGGAGGGAAAUUGUAAGGGGGUGGGUGGGUGGUAUUUAUUUAAAUUAUAAAGAGUAAACAAGAACUACCAGGAGCUUUUUUAAAAUUAUUACUCAUUUUGUUCCAGAAUAAUAUAUUAAAAGAAUAAUGAUCCUA